AUGGCGCUUGAGCCCGGCCGCCGGUCUGUCUCCCCAGACAGCUCUGGCGGCGACUCGCCCGUGCCACGCCAGUGGAGGAACCAGUUAGGGGCAGAUCCCCCCCCCAAAGACAAACAUCACCGCAAAUAUGCGAGCGGCAUCGAGAGGGCUCUGUCCCUCUUUGACACGGCGCUACAGGAAUGGGCCGACUACAUCUCUUUUCUGAACCGGCUGCUUAAGGCACUACAAGCUCGACCGUCGUCCGUCACUACCAUCCCCUCCAAGACCACCGUCGCAAAGCGAUUAUCGCAAUGUUUGAACCCCUCGCUCCCAUCCGGCGUUCACCAAAAGACCCUUGAGGUUUAUGGUUAUAUCUUCUCCGUUAUUGGCAAAGAUGGCUUGUCCAGAGACCUGCCCUUGUACUUCCCGGGCCUUGCCUCAGUCUUGUCCUUCGCCUCGCUCACCGUCCGCGCCCCCUUUCUCGACCUCCUCGAACGGUACUUCCUGGACCUCGAUCCUCGCUCGUUACGGCCAGCCAUGAAAUCUGUCGUCCUCGCGCUCCUACCUGGGCUCGAGGAGGAGACAAGUGAAGACUUCGAUCGCACUCUGAGGCUCGUUGAGCGGUUCAAGGCCGCGAUUCGUCCUCCUACGAGCCAGAAAAUCACAGAAGCCCACUCCUCAGGAGAUGAUUUCUUCUGGCAAUGCUUUUUCCUGGCCUCGAUUACCGGCCAUACCCGGAGAACAGGUGCACUGGCCUACCUCCUGCGCUCGCUCCCGCGUCUAGGACAUGCGCUGCAGCCAGACUCGGCCAAGGCAGCCUCUGAGAUAGAAACAUCUGCCAAGCUUUCACAACUCGUUACAUCCCCGGAACCUGGACUGCUAAUUCGCUGCUUUGCUGCCGGUCUCGCCGAUGAUCAACUUCUCAUUCAGAGAGGCUAUCUAGACCUGCUCGUCACGCAUCUCCCGCUGCACUCCGAAGUCCUCCAAACGAAAGCCAAAGGUGGCGACCUAGAGCUACUCCUACGGGCCGCCGCGGGAGUGACAGUGCGCCGAGAUAUGAGCUUGAACAGGCGACUAUGGUCAUGGCUACUCGGCCCUGAGCCGCCGGCCUCUGCUGAACACGACGGCGGGCUUGACUCCCCUACCUCCACUUCCACCCACGGCCACGGUUUCUUUUCCUCAAGAACGAACUACUUUGAGGAAUUUGGGCUGCAGCCAUUGACGCGGGCCCUACUUGCCCUAGUCAAUUCAGACACUGGCGGUAAUCCUUCCGAAAGGGCAAAGCCAUACCGUGUCUGCCUGUCCCUGAUGGAUAGGUGGGAGAUUGGAGGGCUGGUUGUGCCCGAACUGUUCCUCCCUAUCGUGGAUAGCGUGAGAAAGUACAAGGAGAAAGCAGCAAGCAAGGCAGACUUCUCUGAGGUCUUGCGUAGUGCCAGCGUAUUUUUCGACGGUGUCGAGAGUGGGUUGAUCUACGGCGAAAUACUGGCUUUAAUGGUACAGGCAGUCGGCCCUGGUGACAUCUCCGCCACCGAACGUAAAGGAAAGCUCGACUUGAUCCAGUUUGUACUGGCAAAUUUCAAUGUCAGGGAAGAGGAAAUGAUCACCAUCCACGCACCUCUUACCGCACUCUCCAUUCUGUGCAUGAUGGAAGAAGCUCAGGGCCGUGGCAAGCCUGGGGAUACCUCAACUCCUUUGGAUGCCUCCUUGUCCGAGGUAGCCCUGAACAUCGCCGGUAGCUUACUAGAUUUAAUCCCGGAACGAGCAUUCCCGACAGAAACAACGACCAAAUCUACCUUUCCAGCUGAUUCGACGAUCCUGGCCGCCUCACCUAGCGCAGAGGUGCUCAAGAAGAUCCGGACGUUUUAUGUUGCCGACCAAGGCAGUCUAGAAGCGACCUCACCUCCUUUUGCCCCACAAGAUCUUGUCCAGCUUCUCUUACAAAAAGCAUGCGAUCUGGUCUGCUCGUCCCUGGGUCGACGGGAAUCCGGGGUCGAGAUGGCUGUAAAGACCAGAAUCCUUAUCCUGCUCCUGCCGAAGCUCCCCCAAACACUGUCCUUCGACUCCAAGACGCUUCUCACCGCGCUUCACGACUGCCUCGUAGCCGACGAGCCGAUACCAUUUGCCGUAUAUUCUUCCAUUCUCUCACUCUCAUCACACAUGUGCUCGGCAAGCAGAAUAACAGCAAUGGAGCUCUCGAAUCUGGUCGUGCCACUUGUGCGCCACGCAUGGGGAUAUCUCUCAGCAGCCGAGCCAAAGUAUCAUGUCGAGACGACCCGCAGUCUUUGGCUGCUCCAGACCGCGCUCACGUCUUCCAAUCGGGACAUCGAGGCCGCCAUUUGUACCUUGAUGCUUCGGAACGAUACUACGGGCACGUUUGCUCAACGCUCCGCCGAUCCUGGUAGGAGCUUCUGUAUCCUUUGGACACAUACUUUGCAGGACAAUCCCUCCGGGUUGGAACGAAGAGGUACUAAAACCACGAAUGGUGACGUCAAGGCACCAAGUCGUCUCGCGGGAAUGGACAACUACGAAGUCAUGCUGACUCGGCCUCUAUUUCUGAUGCUUGACGCUCUCACCGACGAGCGAACACAACUCUUCAUGACCGUCAAAUCUUGGCUCAAUAGCCUCAUCGGGAUGGACAAGCUCUUUGCAAUCUUUGUCACAAAAUUCGCCGAGUUGCCUUUCCUUGGGCGACAAGAGUCCAAGCCGACCCCGGCCCAGUUCACGGAAGAUGACGACCUUAGUUUAGCCUUGUACUAUGUCCGCUCCUUAUCCAGCGUUUUGCGCUGGGCGCCCGAAGCGGCCUGGGCAGUUCUUGCAAAGCGGUUUGUCCGGUCGGACGCUUACCAUCCACCACUCUCAGGAAUCAUUCCUGGCGAAGAAGGAUCGGAGGCGAGGGCGACGCAGCUCCAUCGCGCCGCCCUUACUGUCCUUCACCAGACCCUUCUUAAUCCAUUCGCUGAACAGUUCGCAAAACUCCACCUCGAGAACAUUCUGGUCGGAAAGCUCCAGCAGUCUCUUAACGGUCCUGAUCCCUACGUACAAGUUUUGCUUCUGGAUGUUGUUUACGCCGCACUCAAGCUCCGAGAAUUGGUCCCCGCAGAGCCACCUACUUCGCCUAUCAACCACGAAAAGCGGCUAGGGCAGCUAGAAGCGGCAAGAAGCUCCAGAGCAUCUCUAGUCGAGAAGCCCAUGGUCAUGCAACCUCCGCCUCCGGCCUUACUCAAAUGCAUUCUCGCCGGGCUCAGCUCGCCAAGCAGUAGGCCUGUCUUAGAUAGCUGGGUUGGUUUCCUCACGGAGUGCUUGCCACUUUACACAGACUCUGUCUUCCAGGUCCUGAUCCCCCUUGUGGAGACGCUCUGCCGCCAGAUUGGGGACACCUUCAAUAGCCUCCAGCGGUUAUUCCGGGCUGCGGAUCAGACCCUGUCACACGGCGCCGCCGGGCCCGAAACUACGUUGAUCUCUCUUCUGAACGGCCUCGAGCAGGUUCUGGCCAGAGGGCACGAUAGGCUACUGGCUGAAGAGGCCAGAGUCCAGGUUGUCAAGAGUCCAGACCAGCCUCAAGGCUUUUUCGGAAACAUGGUGUCGGGCGUGUUUUCGUCUGACGCCCCGCAGACGCGGAGCGCCACCGCCAACGACAGGCUUACUGUCCUGCUCGCGUUCCAGGACGCUGUCCGCAUGUGCUUCACCAUCUGGUCGUGGGGACAGGGGAGAGACGCGGCAGGACAGGACGCCACGUCGGGGGCAUCUCUGAACUACACGUCGCUGCGCAUGCGGAACCGGGCGAGGAGAUUGCUUGAGCACCUCUUUGCCGCAGAGACAUUGGAGUGCUUGGAGACAGUAAUCGGGAUAUGGCGAGGUGCGCUGGACAGCGCCGACGUGUCCAAGGCUGCCGAGGUGUUCAACUUGCUUCCUGCAUUGGACGGGUCGCGGCCGAAACAUACCAUGCCCGCCCUGUUCAACGCCAUCUACAGUCGGACCAACCCGAGCGUGCUGGACCCGUCGAGAAGGUCGACCCUCACGAUCUCAUUGCAGGACACGGACCUCGUCAUCUUCCUAGUGGACUACACCCGGUCGCUAGAAGAUGAUACCAUGGACGAGAUCUGGCAAGACUGCACUGCGUUUCUCAGGGAUAUCCUGGGCAACCCGUUCCCACAUCGACAGACGUUGCCGAGCCUACUUGAGUUUGCGGCUAUUCUAGGAGAGAAGGUGGACAAUACUAAUUUUGGCGAGCAGCGGAAGAUGCGCCGGGACUUGGCGGAUUUGUUCGUGCGGCUGCUUACAGCUAUCUUCACCACUCGUCCAACUAGCUUCGACAUCUCGAGCUCCUCGGGCGUCUCGGAGAAACCGUCAAGUGCAACUCCUCGGCAGCCGGCCGUAAGACUCCCAGCAGAACGAGCCGACGACGUCGUCGGCAUCCUUGCCACCAUCGUGCCAAACCUGCCCAAGAUCCUAGUCGAGAACGACCGCAUCCUCACCGCGGCAACGGCCAUCUCCACCAACGUCAUCGGCCCGGCCCUCCGCGCCAAAUCCUUCCCCGAGACCGUCUCCAAGACCAUGCUCACCCUCCUGCAAGAACUCUCCCGCCUCCCGAACAACCAAAAAUCCUGGAAAAAAGACAUCUCGGACGCCUUCAACGACCCGCGCUUCUUCGCCUCCAACCUCGCCCUCGUGCACACGGGCUGGCUGCCCCUCCUCAAGCAAUGGACGGUCGCCGACAAGGAGCGCAUGCCCGACCUCCUCUCGCGGCUCACCCCGCCUACCACCGCGGGCAUCGUCUUCGGCGUCGGCGCCACCUCGGCGCGCCUCGAGGCCGACCGCAAGACCCAGCUCACCCUCCGCCGCGCGGCGGCCCUGGUGCUCGCGUGCGGGCCGGACGCGUUCGUGGCGGACCUCCCCGCCAUCGCGGAGAAGCUGACGGAGCUGCUCGGGGCGACGGCGACGUCGUCGCCGUCGUCGACCACGCGCGCCGAGGCCUACAUGCUGCUGCGCGCGCUGGUCCUGCGCACCGACGCCGUGCACCUCGCGCCGCUGUGGCCUACCGUCAACGCUGAGCUGCACGCGGCGGUGGCGUCGGUGGUCGCGCCGGAUCAUAGCCCCGCGUCGGAUACGUACGGCAAUGCCUCGGUGAUGCAGGCGUGCAAGUUGCUGGAUUUGUUGGUCUGUGUGGCACCGGAUGAGUUUCAGCUGCAUGAGUGGCUGUUUGUUACGGAUACGGUGGAUGCUGUCUACCGUCCGCAGUUUAACAGCGGCGGCGGUGGGUAUCAGCCCGUGGCGUUGGUGGAUGAGGUGUGUGAGGAGCUGGGUGCGGUGGGGGCCGGGGCGGUGAAUUUGGGCGAGACGGCGGUGCAGACGACGGGGGCUGCAACGUCGUCGUCGUCGGGUGGGUUGGCUACGUCUGGGUUGAGACGGCCGCUGUUGGGCACGCCGGGGGGGAUUAGUGAUGAGGUUGGGUUGGAGAGGAAGGAUGAGCUGGUGGCGAAGGUGCUCAGGCCCUUCUUCGGGCAGCUGAGCAUCUAUGCGUUUGAGUCGACGUAUGCGAUGGCGUCGGUGGACUGGGAGGGGUGCGUGGCGGGGUUGGUGAAGGACGUGUUUGACGAGCGGAGCAUUGUGAAGGGGCUGUAG